UGUAAAUGUAAAAUAAGAAGAAAAUACUUUGCUUACAUGGAAAUGGUGCAAACAAAGAAUUUCAUACUUAUUAAUUAAGAUAAUUUUCAAAAGAAUUUAAUGAUUUAGAAUUUGUGACUUUAGAUGGACCAAUUCCAAUAUCAAGAAAUGUACAUGUUUCAUAAGUUGUAAUUCCACCAAAUUUUGCAAAAAUGAUUGAAAAUAAACCAUUAUAUACUUGGGGUAACUUUCUUAAGUUAGAUAACAAUAAUAUUGAUGCAAGUAUUUUAUGAUUUUAUAAUAACAUUAGUAUUUUAGGAAUCAAUAGAUUACGUAAUAAAAGUAUUAAAAGAAUAAGGUCCUUUUUAUGGAGUACUAGGAUUUUCUUAAGGCUCAGCUGUGGCUGUUAGAUUGGCUACAUUAUUAGUAGAAAAAAAAGUUGAUUUGGGUUAUGAAUUACAAUGCUUUAUUUUUUCAUCUGGAUCUAUGAUGACUUUAUCAGAGAGACGACUAUUUUUUUGCAAAAUGCCUUCAAUUCAUUUAAUUGGAAUUAAUGACUUUUUAUAUGAUAGGUAUAAAUAGAUAAAUAUUUAUAGAUCUUUAGGAUUAUCUUCACAAUUUUUAAAUCCAUUAGUUAUUAUUCAUGAUUAAGGGCACAAGAUUCCAUUUCUAAAUAGAUAAUAAAUUUAAUUACUAAAAUAAUUUUUUAAUAAAGAGAAAGAUAUUUGGUAACAAUAAAUUCAUGUUCCAAAAUUAUGA